AUGAACGAGCAGGUGUUUAAGGGGGACCCGGACACCCCUCAUUCCAUCUCCUUCUCGGGUAGCGGGUUCCUGUCCUACUACCAGGCCGGGGCUGUGGACGCCCUGCGGGACCUGGCCCCCCGGAUGCUGGACACAGCCCAUCGCUUUGCGGGGACAUCGGCAGGGGCCGUAAUCGCCGCCCUGGUCAUCUGCGGGAUUGAAAUGGAUGAGUACCUCCGAGUCCUCAACGUGGGCGUGGCCGAGGUGAAGAAGUCCUUCCUGGGGCCGCUGUCCCCGUCCUGCAAGAUGGUGCAAAUGAUGAGGCAGUUCCUGUACCGCGUGCUGCCCGAGGACUCCUACAAGGCGGCCACUGGGAGGCUGCACGUGAGCCUCACCCGCUUCACAGACGGAGAGAGCGUGGUCGUCUCGGAGUACACGUCCAAGGAGGAGCUCAUUGAGGCCUUGUACUGCAGCUGCUUUGUCCCCGUGUACUGCGGCUUCAUCCCCCCGACUUACCGCGGCGUGAGGUACAUCGACGGCGGCUUCACCGACAUGCAGCCCUGCUCCUUCUGGACGGACUCCAUCACCAUCUCCACCUUCAGCGGGCAGCAGGACAUCUGUCCCCGCGACUGCCCCGCCAUCUUCAACGACUUCCGCCUGUUCAACUACUCCUUCCAGUUCUCCCUGGAGAACCUCGCCCGGAUGACCCACGCGCUCUUCCCGCCCGACCUGGUGAUCCUGCACGACUACUACUACCGAGGGUAUGACGACGCGGUUUUAUACCUGAGGCGGCUGAAUGCUGCCUACCUCAGUUCUCCCUCCAAGAGAGUGAUUUUUCCCCGGGUGGAGGUAUACUGCCAGAUCGAACUUGCCCUUGGCAAUGAGUGUCCCGAACGCAGUCAGCUGGACCUCCAAACACAGCAGGUCCAUCUGGAGGAACCCGUACAUCACACACAGCAGGCUCCCAAAGGAGACGGGAGGGGUGGCCCCGGCCCGGCCGCGUCCCUACCUCCUCAGACUUCCGAAUCCACAUGUGGGUGUCCUGUGGAGUCGCCUGUUUCCCCAACCAUGUCUUCAUUGGAGCAGUCACCUGCAUCCCCGCUGGUCUCAUCACUGGCAUGUUCUCCAACUGACUUGCGUCCCGAGCCACCCACGUCACCUCCAGAUGUGCACCUGAACCCCAGCUCAGCCCCUGGCUUGUCACCACCCAGGCUGCUACCUAUGUCACCUCAGAGGCAGGUCCACGUGCCUGGAUCACCACUCAGACCCCCUCCCUCCCAGUCACCCACAUCACCCUGGCCAGCCCCAGGGCCCCCGGCUGUGGGACCAUCUCAACCACCGCCCCGCGAUUCCUCUCCAGCACCACCUGCACAGCCAGCUGUGGAGGAACUGGGACCAGAGCAGCCCCCAGCUUCCCCCGCCUCUCCUAGUCCCAAAGGCACAGCGCCGCGGGUUCAGCCGAAGGAAACCAUCAGCAAGGCACCGUACGUCUCCUCCUCUGGCUGGGGCGAGGUGGCCCAGAUCAGCUCAGCCGGCCUGGGAGCCCUGGACUGCUUCCCCAGUUUGGACCGCCCUGCCGGGGACUCCUGCUGGGUGACCAAGGUAUUCAAGAAGAGCAAACCAAAGACAAGCAGCCCCAGAAGAGGCUUCCCAAGACCUCCCAAAAAGCCGAGCGGCGGCGUGCAGUGA